AUGGGACAUCCUGUAUAUCAAGACCUUGUAAUGUCCCACUCCCUAAUUUUCAGUAAACAGAAUGGCUUUAACUGUGCUCUCGAUCUGGCAGUACAAGCCACUCAAGCUUGUCAAUUCAAGGAUUGGUGGUGGAAAAUACAAUUAGGAAAAUGUUAUUAUAUGUUAGGAUUGGUUCGAGAUGCCGAGCAGCAAUUCAAAUCUGUUUUAAAGGAUACCAAAAAUAUCGAGACGAUCUUGAGAUUGAUUCGAGUAUACGUAAGACUGGAUCAGCCUUUGGCUGCACUCGAUGUUUGUAAAAAAGGACUCGAUUAUUUUCUCAACGAUGUAUCAAUACUAACGGAAAUGGCUCGCAUAUUUGAGGGCCUAAACAAUAUGCCUAUGUCAAUGAAGUAUUACAAGAUAAUAGCUCAAGAAGAUGCCUCUCAUACGGAAGCAAUAGCUAGCAUUGGUAUGAAUCAUUUUUACAAUGAACACCCAGAACUAGCUUUGCGUUAUUACAGAAGACUCUUGCAGAUGGGUGUGUACAAUGCUGAGCUCUUCACAAAUCUUGGACUUUGUUGCUUCUAUGCGCAACAAUUCGAUCAUUCAAUCUCCUGCUUCGAGAGAGCUCUUGCGCUUGCAAAUGAUGAAAACGCUGCUGACGUUUGGUACAACUUGUCCCACAUAGCCAUUUUCAUAGCCGAUUACGCAAUGGCGGAUCAAUGUUUAAGAUUGGCUAUCGCUGCUGACAGUAGGCAUGCUCCGUCAUACAAUAACCUUGGGGUGCUGGAAAUAAAGAGAAAUAAUUCAAUAGCGGCGAGAACUUAUUUUCAUGCAUCAGCUAGUAUUGCUGAAUACAUGUACGAGCCGCACUUUAAUAGUGCACAUCUUGCAUUUGAAAUGGAUGAUUUGCAGACAAGCUAUAAUGCUGUAAAGAAAGCAUUAACUGCGUAUCCAGAGCAUUGUAAUAGUAAAGAGUUAUUCAAGAAGCUAGAAGCUCGUUUCAGUGAAAUGUAAAACGUUUCUCUGUGGUAAGUAUGCAUAUUUUUGUAGAAUUGUAUUUAAUCCUCUAGCUUUUUGCCUAAAGAGUUAUUUACAAUAAAGAAUUUAGAUACAUGAUUAUCAUUAGGAUCUUGAAAGUGAAUUGGAUCAAGAAGGUGAACCUUAUAGAUGGCUUGUGUUUGAUUUUCAACUGUAAAUUAAAAUUC